UUGCGGAACUAGCGACGGGCCGACCGAUCUUCAGUGCUACUACCCUCCGAAGCCAUGUACGCAGGAUCAUUGAACUCACGGGAUUACUUUCAGAACCCACAUUAUCUGCUAUUCCUGAUGCUGAGCUCCGCAACCAUGUCCUCUCACUCGGGUCAGUUACUCGCAUCCCACUGGCGGAGCGUGUCCGGAAUGUCGACCCUCGAUUGCUCGAUCUCCUUUCCGAAGUGUUUUCCCUCGAUGUCGAUUCGAGAAUCACUUGCAAAGGUGCCCUAUCGCACAAGUAUUUGGACGACGUUCGAUGUGAUGCAGAUGGAUUUAUUUGUUUCCCAUACAAGGGAAACCUCGACGAAGACGUAUUGAAC